ACCGGCGAGCCCCGCGGCUCCGUGGCCAUGCCCCUGGGGGCCGGCAGCGGGGGGAGAGAGGGGAACGCGGGGAGCGAGCACAGCGAGGGGAGCGAAGGGAACGCGGGGAGCGAGCACAGCGAAGGGAGCGGCUCCAGCGCGGCCGGGCGGCUCCGCGCCCCCCAGCCCCGCGCGCAUGGGUGAGCGCGGCGGCUCCGCGGGCUGCGGCACCAAAGGUCUGUUCUCAAACAUCUGGCUGUGGCGAGCUGUCGCUGGAGUCCUUACCUCUGCUGUCAUUUUGAUUUCAUGUAUUCAUUUUGUAAAGCCUUCUCUGGCCAAAGAGUUUCCUGUGUGUCCUUCCCUGGACCUGUGUCCAUCAGGCUGGCUGUACUUCCAGAGGAAGUGUUACUACCUCUCAGAGAGUGAAGCUGCCUGGAACUUCAGCCAGAGCAGCUGCUCUUCCCACAAUGCUUCCUUGCUGGUCAUCGAAAAUCAUCAGGAGCUGAGCUUUAUGAUCAAGAUAACAAAGCAAGACCCAUGGAUUGGACUCUAUAAAAGAAAUGAAGAGUUCUUUUGGGUAAAUGGAAAAGCAUUAGACAAUGAACUGUUUGAAGUAAAAGACUCUGGCAGCUGUGCCUAUCUGGAUUCCAAAGGAGUCUCAGCCUCAGGAUGUUAUUUAACCAGGAAAUGGGUCUGUAGCUUGGAUAUCAACUCAGCACAAUAAAGGUGGACAAAGCCACCACCCCGACAGAGCUCUGAUAUGAUGCCUACACGGGCUAUUUUUACACUUUGGGACCUGGGAAUGUGUCCCAUCUCCUACCUAGAGGUGAAUGACUUUUAUGGUAGCCAGAAUUCUCCACCCAUGGAGGAAGGCUUUAAAGAUACCAUCUAAAAGGCUGUCUUCAGCAUCUUGAUAAGUCAUUUCCUUGCUCCAUUUUUCCAGCUACUUCCCAGCUGUAGUUUCUUUUUGUGUGCCAUCAGUAUUUCUUCCAUUUACUCUUCUUUUGUAGGAGCAGCUGCUCUUUCUUUCCCUUUUGGGUGUGCAGUUGGAGGUUUUUGUUCUGCUUUUCCUUUUGCCAGGUUCUGUGUAUGGGUGUUGAAGUGUUGUCUGCCUGGAGGGCUGCCAGUGCGUCAUGGAUACAGGGCAAUGCAGAAGUGAACACUGUUGUUUUAGACAGGACCACAGGAAAUUCCUCUCUUCCCAUUUGAUGGGAUGUACCUUGCGUUGUAUUCCAUGUUUUGUUUAUGUUAUGUUACAUUAAUUUUGUUAAAUCCCAGUGAUAAUGCUGUCAAGCUGAUUUAUGUAGCUGCACUGCACCUGAAGUUAUCCUCACAACACUUUCUUUAGUCAAAAAAAAGUCACAGUAGAUAAGAAUAUUUAUUUACCUGAGCAUCUGCACUGAUGGUAGAGAGAAGAGCUGGAACUGGAAGAGUGAUAGUGAAGCUGCAGGCAUUAAUGUGUAAAUGUAGAAAUAGUCCUCAGUGCAAGGAGGGAAAAUCAGAAGGGAAUGAGAGAAUUAGCAGCAAGGGAUGUUUUUCUGUGUUUUCCUCAUGCCCUGUGCCUGUCAUGGUGUGAGGCUUCUCAGCAAGGGGACAUUUCCAGAUGGACAGUCAGUGUUUCCUUGUGUAGGUGACAUUUUCAGCAGCAGCUCCAGUGCUCUUGGGUUGCUGGGAGCCUGAACAGAAUUAGGGCACAGUCCCUCUGUCUGAAUCCCACGCAUGUCUAGCAGGUUGUCCAAAGAUUUAAAGUGUCAUUUGACCCAGAGAAAGCAAAUUUGCCUGGAAGGAAUAUAACUAUCAAGCUUCUAGAGAAGGAAGAAUGGGAAGUUCACUUUCAUUAUUUUCUGUGACAGGACUUAACUGUAGCAGGACCAUACAGAUGGAUGCUGCCAGCAACUUGUGCCUUUCAGAUGUUUAUUUAAAUAUAAUCACUAAUUUUGCCGGAUUACACUUUUCUUAAUUGCUUGUAUUCUUUAUAGACACAGUAACAGGACUCUACAGUAUGAAAAGCCUGAUUAUCUAUUAAUUUAUAUGUUGGGAGGAAGGUGUUAUUCUGCAAUGUUUUUAAAUUAACCUGAUUCUGAAGGAUAUGGUAUGUGCAAUAGUCCUGAAAAAAUAGUUUACAGAGCCCCUGAAUUACAGUGGUUUCUAUCUUAAUAUUGGAAUAUUAAGAGUAUUUUUCAUCUUAGGCACCAUUUUGGUGAAAAAAAAUAAAUUUGAAGCGAAGUAAAAUAUACAGGUUUUGAACACGAAAAAAUCUUUAAUCAUAAUGUUGGGGCUGACAUGAAACAGAAUAUUUGAUCCAAAAAAAGAUUGUUUUGCCCUUUUUAAUACCUCAUAAUGAGUCAGACUUUUAACAAAGGUUAAAAAAUGAAAGCUCUUCUGGAAUCUGACUCCUCAGGGAUGCAAUGAACUUCUUUGGUGAUGUUCAGAAAAGAAGAUGCAAACUCUUCCAACUUGCUUUACUCAGAGUGGAGUUUGAUGAAGUACUUCAAUGGUAAUUUCUUUUUUCUUUUAAAUAAGUGACUGCUUAAAUUGUAGGUAAGUACUUCAGUAAGGCCCUGCAGAAAGUUGUUUAAUUACAUUAAUAAUAGCAAGAGGGCCCAAAUCAUAGAUAUUUCAUGAAUACUGUUAAAACCUUAACACCACAACUAAUUUGAGAGAAGCCAGCAUGCAGGGGUUUGUUUUUCUUGUUAAGUUCAGCAUGAAUCAAGAAGGAUCUGCCAGAAAAGCAGCAAAUGUUAACUGCAUGGAGAAGGGUGUGCUGUGAGUACCCUGAAGUGAAAAUUUCUCAGCAGUCAGAAAUUCUCUCUCUGCAAAGCAUGUAUUAUAUAGGUAUAGAUUGACUCUUCAGACUCUUUCCUUUUCUUUGCUUCUCUGUCUAGAAUAAGCAAACCAAUCCUCUUCCUCCCACGUGCUGUGCUGAGUUUGGGGGAUUUUUGUUGUUUCCUCUUACAUAACAGCAGUUUCUCAUGGGUUUUGAGCUGCUGAUGCUGCAUUUUGCGUGGCAAAUUUGUUGUUGUUUGAAGGGAAGUCCCUGAGGGUGCAGUUCACUUUUUAAUCUGCAGCCCUGAAAUGCUGGACAUUAACCCUCCCCAGGCAUGUGCAGGUAUGAAGAAACAUCUCUGUGAAACUGCAGCUGCCUUUAUUUGUGUGCAUCAUAGCAAAGAUGAGAUAAAGGCUCACCAUCUCAAAAGCCAUGUUAGGCUUGUUUCUGUUUCUCAUUGCCAUAAGGACUUAAAUUCCAGUUUAAGUGGAAAAGUUAAAAGUGCCAUUUUUGUUACAAUAGCACCAUCAAUUCAUGACAUUUCAUUUUUGUCAAAUAUGGGAAUCUAAUAGAGGCACUAGGUCAGACUGCUCUUAGCAGCUUUGUGCUCUAGACCCAGAAACAGCAUUUAUUCAGACACUUCAAUGUCUAAGUAAUGCAUUUACUGAGUGCACUCCCAGGCAUAAAUUUCACCAGUCUUUGGCUUUGACACUUCAUUAUACCAUAACCGUGGUUGGAAUUUAAAAUGUAAAGGACAAAAUAUAGGUGGAGAGGAAGCUUAUAAACUUUAUUUCCUUGCAAUGCCAUGUUUGUCUUACAGCCCAAGCCCCUUCCCUAGUUAAUCCCUUCUGAUUCCAAGGCUCAGCAUCAGAAGAGGAUGGGAGCAAUCAGCACAUUAACCACAAGUGUUACAAGUCACUCCAUGCCUAGUCUGCUGUCUACACCCAGUAGCUUUGCAGCAGCUUUGAAGAAGUCCAAUAAAUGCAUUUUUUUCCAGCUCUCA